GCUGGGGCUGUUCCUCUUCACCCGCAUAGUGAAGGCAGGAAAAGACCGUCGCUUUGACAAGACACGAGCUAAUCCUGUCCGCUUCUUCUAUGCUUGGACUUUACAAGGAGUGUGGGUGUUGGUAACGAUUCUCCCCAGUCUGUUGGCGGUGUUGUCACCCAGACAACGUCCAGUGGGUACCAGGGACUACAUAGGUUGGGGCAUCUGGGCUAUGGGCUUCCUGAUUGAAGUCGUGGCAGACUACCAGAAGACAGUGUUCAAAAACAACCCCGCUAAUAAGGACAAGUUUAUAAACACUGGGCUGUGGGCUCUGUCACGCCAUCCUAACUAUUUUGGUGAGAUCCUGCUGUGGUUUGGGCUUUACGUCAGUGCUUCCUCAACAUUCUCUGGCUGGGAAUAUCUUACGAUUCUGUGCCCCCUCAUGGAUUAUCUGCUCAUCACACAAGUUUCUGGGAUUCCCAUGUUGGAGAGUUAUGGUCGUAAGAAGUGGGGUUUGUCUCCACAGUAUCAGGCGUACAUCAGGAACACUCCAAUUCUCAUACCUUUCCUUGGCUAGUAUGUGAAGUACAUACCUAGCUCUCGGGUCUUUUACUGGCUGCUUCUGUACAGGCCCAUUCACUAAUGCGUUUACAGGGGCUCGUCAGGUUUUGGCAGUAGCCGUGUUUGUUUACAUUUGACAAAGAAACUCUCAAUAGUAAACAUACUAUGGAAUCAAAUUAAAACAAAUAUCUCAAAGAUGAUGAUUUGUGGAAUGUUUAUAUGACUAGCCCAGUAAACACACUAGUGAAGGGGACUUUACAUAAUAACUGCACGUGGGAAUCAUCUGUCACUAGUUAAUGGAUUUUUUGUUCUUCCAGUGUCAUUAGUUAGUGUUGAUUAGGUCAACAGAAAUAUGUCUCAGGAACUAUGUAGGGAAAUUUAUUAAACAAAAAAUUAUGAGUGAAAUGUGUUUAUUUAAAGGAUGGAAUUUAAAAAAAAAAGAUGUGUAUGUUUCACUGUAGAACAUUAAUAAUUCCGACUAAGGAAAAGAGGUUUCUGAUUUUUUUUCCCAGUACUAUGAUGUAUUUUAAAACCCUUGUGGCUAAUGAUCACCAAAACAGUCCCAUCUCAUUGAAAUUAUACAGCUGGUGAAUGCUGAGCCUAUUGCUGUUUAUAAUACUGUACUUUGGAGAAUAGCACACAGGGAUGCCAUUGUGUUUCUGUUAGUACUCAGGGGGUUACCACUCAUCUUGUGGUUGAGUACCUGGUGCUGGCAGGAGUGAUAUAUAUAUCCAGCCUCUGCUACCUGUAAAUUAUACCUGAAAUGCCUGACUUAACAGCACUCUGGAGUUCAACUCUGUGUAGGCACAUAUUCAGCCAGCUAAUAGCACUUCAUCACAGUGGCUCCAUCUUCCCUUUGUUCAUAUUUUCUUGAGAGGAAACACAAUUUCCUUGUUCAUUAGCAGACACUUGUCUUGUCUAUAUUCUUAAUAAUGUCAUAGACUAAGCUUUUCUUCACACCAUAUUCUUAUUGUAUUUUCUGCACUUUUUUAUCAUGCUCAGAAAAUUCAAUAAUUACUGUACUACUUUUUGUACAAAACUAACCUACUACUUGGCACCUUGAUGGGACUUUGAGCCACUAUUACAUUACAGUUGGAUAUCCAUUUUAAAACACCAAGUACAGAGAACACAGCAACUUGUGCACAAUGGGGGACAUAUAAUGGACCGAGGGACCCUACAUGGUGAGUUGCUGACCCAAGUAAUUUAUGUCCACCACCUUCACCAAAGCAGGGGCCAGUGAGCCACACACUCACACCCUACAGCUAAUGUAGCACUUCCCAAUCCCUAAGUGAGUCCUGUGAUGCCCCAUACUAUAGGGGUAUGUGUUGAAUGUUUAAAAUUUGAUAAAUUUAUCAGAUCUUUCAGAAUUAUGCGAGCUAUCUCAAAUUUCUGAGAGCUCACCCCCAUCAAAGCAAGUGGUGGCAGUGAUCAUUAACUAUGAUAUGACUGUAUCUGAUUUAGACAAAAGGUGUCCAACCAAGGCAGACAUUGUCCAACUUUUCAGGGGUUUUGAAGGUCUAAUGUCCGAACUAUUGAUGUUUUACUCUUCUCUACUUGUUAUUUUAUUUCAAAUUAUCACUGAUAAAGUUUUUAUAACAGAAAUUAUCUUUAAAAUAUGUAACAAUGAUAUUCAUUUUACAAUAAAUUGGAGCCUUUAGUUAUGGUAAUUUGUAA